AUGCAGAACAACCGAAGAGCGGGGUCUGGCGAGCAGCCAGACGUCCUAAUUGCUAUUAUGGGCGCGACGGGUAGUGGCAAAACGACCUUCGCCAAUAUGGCCAGUGGCGACGACUUGCUUGUAGGAGCGGGCCUCCGAUCGUGCACCAACGACGUGCAAAUAUGCAGACCAUUCGAACUCGACGGACGAAGGGUGACUCUGGUGGACACACCAGGAUUCGACGACACGACCAAAAGCGACACGGACGUCCUCGCUAUGAUAGCUGCAUUUCUCACUGCAUCGUACGAACAGGGAAAGACACUCUCCGGGAUCAUAUACUUGCACCGGAUCUCGGACUUCCGGAUGAGUGGACUCUCGACGCGAAACUUCAGAAUGCUCCGGCAUCUAUGCGGAGAGAAGACGCUGAAGAAUUUGGCCAUCGUCACCAAUAUGUGGGGAGAAGUGCCGGCAGCCGUUGGCGAAGCACGCGAGGCGGAGCUUGCGUCCCAGGACUUGUUCUUCAAGCCCGCUUUGGACAAAGGCGCGACGCUCCUGCGACACAUCAACACCCUCGACAGUGCAAUGAAUGUCCUCCGUUACAUCAUCGGCAACACGCCUCUUCCACUACAAAUACAGAGUGAAAUGGUCGACAGCGGCAUGGCUCUUUCUGAGACUGCCGCUGGGGGCGAACUGCGCGCUGAGCUAGCGGCCUUGAUAAAUAAGCAUGAACAAGAAAUUCGCACAUUGAAGAGCGAGAUGGAUCAAGCUUUGCGCCUUAAAGAUCAAGAGCUACGAGACGAGCUUGGUGUUGAAAUCAGUAAACUGCAGAGCGAAGCCAAUCGCAUUCAGCGUGACGCGCAAGACAUGGCCUCCCGAUACGAAUCAGAAAAGAACAGGCUCGAGUCUCAGAUACGAGCGGCCGCAGAGGCUGCCAGGGUGGAACAGGCGAGGCUGACCAGAGAGUAUGAAGGGAAACUCGGGGAACUUGAGCGGAAGAUUCGAGAAGGUGCGAACAACCAGGAGGUCUUGGAGCUGCGCAAGAAGAUCCUACAGCUUGAGACGCAGAUAGCCAACCCACCUUCGAGGGGAGGCAGUCGAGGCGGUUGUGUGAUCUUGUAG